GGCGUGACACCGUAACUUAUGGGUAUUUUCUUAUUAUUUGCUCUGCAACAUGUCCUUGCAUGCUUCAUCAGGUUACAUGCUGCCGAUUGCAGGCGCUCCCAGCUGACUUCGUACUUUCCGCUCCGCACCACUGCCUCUCGCGGGAGGAUGGCCUCCUGCACGCACCAAAGCCUAGACCACCAGCGAGCUUUCAAGCUGGAGGCAAUGCCGUCCCACAAGGACUCAAAGGCUUGAGUAUUGUAAAACCGGAAGGAGGACUCGCCAAACGCGAAAAUCCGACGGUAGAAGCAAGGAAGCUCAUGGAAGUGCUUGUCGUCUGCAAAAAAUUCCACACCCAUGAAAGGAUUGAAGUGCGUAUAGUCGCCUGCAUGGCAGAAAGAAACUGUUGCCAUGUCGAGCUUCUGAACAAUCGCCAGCGCAGCCGC